AAUGUAUCCGUGAUGGGACUUGGUGCUCUUGCGUUAGAAAUUUGAAGUCAAGAAGAAGAGAACGACCGUUACGAAUCGGAUUCACCCCGUCAAUCGGCGUCUCGAACCAGUGUUGAUCUUUAAACGGCUAACGGUGACUAGAAGAAUGUCAUGAACUUUUUUAGAAGAACCUGGAUUAAUAAUGUGCAAGUUGACUGCGAGUGUGGUCUUCGUCUUUCUGGUAACCAUAGUGUCAUGCCAAAAUUUGGACAACAGGGAAAACUACGCUACAGAUGCUGGUGGGAGACUGACCGAGCAUCCUGGCGGUGUCAUCUCGAGAGGGGUGGUUGUUCUCAAUAGGACUUUCAGCCCUUAUUGGCUGACCAAUGAUAUUAUAGUGGAGAGAGGGGCUAAGCUGAUCAUAGAACCGGGGGUUGUGGUGAAGGUCCAGCCUCAAGUUGGUAUCACUGUUCGGGGAAUACUCAUUGCAAGGGGAACCCAAGAAGAAAGAAUAAUACUAACAACUGCUGAAGAGAAGUCCAGCAAAAUCAUCCAACUUCCAGAUAUACGGCUUGUAGAUGGCCCAACAAUAUUAGCUGGACGUCUCCAGCUCAAACACAAAGGAGAAUGGCGAAGCGUUUGUACAAACUCCCGAAAUUGGACCAUUGCGGACAUCGAAACAGCCUGCAGACAGCUAGGAUUCCAAGGUGGCUCCUUCUUCAUGUGGUACAACAGGCUGAUGCCCUUGAAACCUAGGCUGCUCUACGAACAACCAAGCUGUACGGGUAGGGAAAGUUCACUUUUCGACUGUAGAUGGAAUUCACGACAAAUGGGUGCUGGCGUCUGCGAUUACCAUCCAGAUUUAGCCAUACAAUGCUCUCCCCGACACGACCGCCCUCUGCCUUUUUGGAGAGGAUUAAACUUCGAGAAUGCCGAAUACGAUAGCUUUUUGAGUAGGAGUAGAACAUUAUACGUUCCGAAAUCUUUGUCGGAGUUGAAUUAUUUGAACAUCAUGUACGCCGGAGCUGGGAGAUACCAGAAUACGACAAGUGCUAUUGAGGCUGUGGGUGUUGCACCAGUAUUGGACAAUAUAGAAAUUCUAAACUCUGCCUACAAUGGCAUCAACAUUUCUUACUCCGAAGCUCCGGUCUAUUUGUCCAAUUGUACAGUGAGGAACAAUAGGGGUUACGGCGUUUUUAUAAACUCCAGUUACGGAUCAGCACAUAUAGAUAACAGUAUUAUAAACGAGAAUGGUGGAGAUGGUGUACGGUUUGUCAGGUCUUUAGAGAGACCGGAAGAUAGACUCAACAGAUUCGGUUACAAUGAUUUUUGUAAUUUAGCUAUACAAACUAGUCAAAUAUAUCCAGUACAAUUAUUUUUCGAACAAACAAUCUACCUGAAUCGCGACAAAAUGUGCGAUAAAGUAUUCACGACUAGAUAUGGGGAAGUUUUGACCCUCUACAUCGUUCGGGCAGUAACAAACAGAAAUGAUAGCGCCCACUUGGAGGUAUACGAUGGUACCAACUUGAACAACAGACUAAUAGCAAGUUUUCCCAUAAGAAACAAUACCAGACCACAAUCCAUAACCACGACAAUGAAUCAGAUGUAUAUCAAAUUCAGAGCUGACUCCUUCACCCAAACCGUUGUUUUCUUGAGACUUAUCUCAGGACGCCAGAAAAUGUUCGAUUUGAACGUGAGCAACUCGGAAAUUUCCGACAAUUUAGGCAGGGGUAUUGCGGUCGAUAACUUGCGUUCGCAGCUACACGUUUACAAAUCUUCGGUAUCUAAAAAUCAAUACGUGGCAGGAGUUCACGUGACCAGUGGGGUAGGCGAUAUCAACGUUACCGACACCAAGAUAUUCUUCAACAACGGGGAUGGCAUCAACGUCACCUACACUGGGGGCAGCAGAAAUAUCUCCCGAUCAACUAUAAGCUCGAAUCAAGGUUACGGAGUGGCGAUCUGGCUCAACCACACCGAAGAAACAGAAUACAUAUACACUAAUCAAUCGACGGUUUUACAAUACUCCGAUAUUUACAAGAACAUUGAAGUGGGGGUUCUCCAUGGAAACUUCUGCGGACACUCCAGUUUCAAUUUCAGUGGCAACCGAUUUAGGAGUUGUCUGAGUGACGCUCUGGAAAUACAAAGUUGUUGGAAGAAUACCAACGAACAAACUCACUUACAAAUUGGCCACAAUAUAUUCCAAGGAAACGAAAGGAUUAGUUUGAGGAUCACGCCAGCGCUCAAUCUGAAAGCUAGGAUAGAGUAUAACCAUUUCAGAUCUGGAAGUUUCGGAGGUAUCCUCAUGAAGAAUAAACCUCUGGAACAAUUCAAUGUGUUACCUAACGACAUCUUGGUACAACAGAAUUAUUUCCUGAACAACACCGGUUUAUUCGUUGUGAAUUUCGCCCUGUCGCCUUAUGCUUCCAACCAACAUUUAAUGUUUACGAGAAACUUCGUUAAGAACAAUAAAAUCACAGAGCCGUUUCAACCUGAAGACGGGUCGAUAUCUAAUUUGGUCCCAAGAAGCAGGGUAGCGGCACCUGUUGUUGUUGGAUCGAACAACGUCGUUAUAUUCAGGAACAUAAUAGAAAAUCUGGAUUCUAAAUACGAGAUUGGAAGUCAUUUAGAGGACCAGAGUAAAACCAUCAACUGCACUUUCAACUGGCUUGGAUUUGGAAGCGAUGAACAUAUCUUCCACAGGAUAUUCCAUAGAUUUGACAGAUACAACCUGGCCAAGAUAUCCUUCAUACCGUUUCUCCUCCACAACUCCAAUCCCCUCACGAACAAGUACAGUAUUCAACAAACUUACGUUCCUACAUUCUCAGCAAGGGAUUCCAAUAGGAUCGGAGGUGAAAUAGAAGGUGAAGAAUUCCUGACAAGAGGUGAAUAUGUGGUUGAAAAAGAUAUCAAUAUAAGACCAGGAGGAAAAUUAACUUUAGAACCAGGGGUAACGUUGAGGUUUCCUUCCUCAAUUGGUAUGCUGGUUGGUGGACAACUAGAAGCACGUGGUGUAGGACCUGAUAGCAUCAAAUUAACACUGAAAGAAGAAAUAUCCCAUGCUCACGACAAUGAAACCUUCAAUCCAGAUACGGAUACAUUCGAAUUCGCCACAGAAUUCUCCCCAGUUGAACCUAAAGGUCCGAUAAGGCUUCUUGGUGGUAACACAGAGACUAUUGGUCGUUUACAAGUUAAAAUAAACAACGAAUGGGGAACGGUUUGCAAUUAUGGAUGGACAAAAGAGAACGCUGCUCUGGUUUGUCAACAAUUAGGCUUCGUUUUGAACCCCGACGACUGGAUGGUGGAGCGUAACGAGCUACCAGACGCUGGCACAACAGAGAAAAUCCUGUUAUCGAAUGUUCAAUGCGACGAGUUUGACAUGGACAUCACCAAAUGCAGAGCUGAAAGAAUGGGUAAUUUCGAAAACUCCUGCACGCACGAAAACGACGUUGGUGUGAAAUGUUACAAGACAUCUUGGGCUGGUGUCAGAUUUGCUGGAUUGGCUGAAAGAAGCAAUAUCCAAUAUUUGACGAUAGAACAAUCCGGACUGCUAGAUUAUGCCACGCAUUCUUUCAAACCAGCCCUUCAACUGGAUUUCGCACGUCACAAUUUCGAAAACGUGAAGAUAACCAACAACUUCCAAGAUGGUUUGGGCAUUCUCUACUCUGAUAUAUUCACAGAUGACACGAUAAAUAUAAUAAAAAAUUCCGAGUUCAGCAAUAAUAAAGGGGCUGGUAUAAGUAUAAAACAGCUGGGUCUCAAUGUUUACGGGAGUGUCAUAGAAGGAAACAAAAUCGGAAUAAAGCACGACUCUUCUUUGCCUGGUCUUCAACAGCGAGAGUUUACUGGUUGGUUCGUGGACCAAGAAGAAAAUUACGUUUACAGACCAAUUCUGAUACCGUAUUACUCCAGCGCAAGAAAUAUAGAAUUGCAACACGGCGAGACUAAAUACUUGGUCACGAAAAAAGUUGAUGGUGAAGCAAUAACGGAUACUUACACUAUAAGGUGCGACCCAGGUUGGGUUAUAGGAAUACAGUUGCUCAACCCUAUCGAGAAUCGAAGUACUGAGGAGAUUUUCAUAAAGGAUGCCUUGACCAUUUCGGGGAAAUCAGACAGGUGGAGUCUCAAGACGGAUUUGACUGUCUUCCCUACAACGUCUAGUAGUUACGGGAUUAUUUUGGAAUACAACAGUGGAAAUCACGCUUUAGGAGGCACCGUUAUAGUCUUGAGUAAUAUCAGAGCCCCUGUGCAGAAUAUAGUGAAUAAGAUAGUUAAGGGACCUGUGCCAACUCUUACGAUACACAGAAGCGUAAUUCGUAACAAUGAGAUCGGCAUAAUGGGCCUUUAUUAUAACAGAUACCUGGAUGAGCUUGGGAACCAUUAUUUGAGGAAAUCUAACGAAACCAUAAAAUGCAUCUUUUGCGAUAUUUCCCAUAACAGAAGGGAAGCUAUCCUGAUCGAAUCACCCAACUGGGACUUGCACAAAAGCAAUAUUUCGGAAACUGUUAUUAUGAUAAAUAAUUCGCUGAUAACAGAUAAUGGGCAAGGGAUAUAUCACUUUUCUAGAGACAUGAGACAGUCUAACAACCUCUUCCAUUACGUCCUCCAGCACGAUACUAUCGAGCGAAAUAAAUAUGGCGGUUUCGAUGUGAGACUACCUUACGUUUGGCAAUACAACGAAAAUUUCACUCACUCAGUUUUCAUGGACAAUAAUACUUGGACCAACAACAAAGAUUUGAUAAUAAACAUUGAUGGUCACUAUGCAGAAGUCAACAUAACGAGAACAAAGUUCAACAAUAAUUACUGUAAAUCAGGUUUACUAUCGAUUAAAGGCAUGGAGAAGAAGCUGUUGAUUGUCGAGAACAAAUUCAACAACAACAACGCGAAGUUCUUGGUGAAAUUCAACUUGGACAGUCAAUCUGAAAUAAUAGGAGAUGUACCCGCCAUCUUUAUGUAUAACGAACUGAGAGAUAAUCGUUUUAUUUCUGACUUCACGAACUUGAAAGGGUCAGAUCAAGACGCUACAACUGUGAUAUCGUUCAGGGGUAUUCAAAAGGUUAGGGUGAAGAGAAACUUGAUGUCCAAUAACGAACAAGACUUUCUUCUGAUUGCCGGUAUCUUGACGGCCAAAAUCAACAACACGAUAAACGUAGCAGAGAACUGGUGGGGCACCAGCGAUUUGCACCAAAUCCAAGAGAAAAUUUUCGAUUUUCACGACUGGAACAAUCACGCCAUAGCCCAGUUUCAACCAUAUCUUCUGAGUAACGAUUUUGAGGCGAGUUUUUCGACCAGUUACGAUAUUGGACGACAGCUGGACCUGGAUAACUUAGGGGGACAAAUAUACGGCAAUCUGACGCUGUCCAAUCGCGGAAAACCGUACACAAUAAAAUCCGACAUAACCGUUAUGCCUGGAGCCACUUUAAAAAUCGAGCCUGGAGUAGUGAUGGAAUUUCCUCCUAACGUUGGGAUUUUAGUGCUGGGCUCUCUGAAGGCCAGGGGAUUUCCUGGAAACGAUAUAAUAAUGAGGCCGAUCGGACGUUCUGAUCGAUAUAAAUUCAUAACGAGGAGGAGGCGACGCAUGGAGAAGUUCCAGGUGAAUCAAAUCAGGCUUUGCAAGGAUUCCAGAUGUCAGAACGAUGAUAAAGCCAUUCCCAACGAAGGAUUCUUGGAAUACUUCAACUCGACUACGUUCCAAUGGGUCCCUAUGUGCGAUCCUAGAUUCACGGAAAGGAAUGCACAGGUCGUUUGCAGAGAGCUUGGAUUCGACCCCUUGAACGCUUAUUUUGCUCACGAUAUCAGAAUCGAGUUUCACAGCAACUCGCUGACUAGGAUUUGGUCCUGGCCAGAACCCCUUCAAUGCGAUGGAACUGAAAGUAGGUACACCGACUGCCCCAUAAGAUUAAACGGUCAACAAUAUGGUCAUCGCCACAGCUGCAAAUGGAACUCCAAAUUUGUUUUCAUCAAUUGUGGUGAAGCGACCGAUGAUAACAGAGUUUUCUACUGGGGAGGAGUGAGAUUUGCUGAUCCCCUAUUCGAGCAACAACUGUUCAUCCACAGAUUACACGACGUCCAUACCCACAGCGAGUUGAAAGAAGAACAGUCUACCCUGGAAUUUGUACAAAUUAUUGGCGCAGGUAUUCUACAUAAUGAAAAAUCACCAGCAGUUCAGGGCAUUUUGAAGAGUCCCAAAAUAAGUUACGUGACCAUAAAGGACACUGCCUCACACGGUAUAAACUUCAUAUCUCCUCAAAAAACGUUGAAUUUGCUGCAUAACAACAUAGAGAAUUCAGCAGGGGUGGCCAUCAAUAUUUUAUCUAUAACUGGAGAAGGAAGGGAGUCAGAACACUCAAGUUUCACACCAUUGAAGGAUCUCAAUAUCCCGUAUCAAUUAUUCGGACUGGUGGACAUAUGCGACCCUCACAAAGAGAUAAUAAUAGAGGAGAAAAUACUGGUUUAUUACAAAUACGACAAUCACCCAGUUAACUGUAUAAAGAUUUUCAAAAGUGCCUUCAACAUAAAAGGGUUAGGAUUCCGACUACUUCAGUUCAACCUUUUCAAUUCAACCAACAAAUAUACAGUGCCCGAUUUCAUUUCGUUGUACGAUGGUGAUAUUUUUAAUGUGACAUCGACGAAGAUGGCGCAGUUCACAAUGACUUCUGGCAACGAGGACAGAUUUUACAAGACGAGGCUUCCAAGUUUGAGCGUUAAACUCUUUGCCAAUGGUGCUUCGUCCAAUCAUGGAUUUUUCGCUGAAGUUGUGACUCUGCCGAUAUCAGCCAUAGCAUUCAAUCGUGAUGUUCAGCACAACAUAUCAUUCUCGUCGAUGGAGAACAAUAGAGAAGGAGGUCUUCUUUACAUGAGCGCUGGAGAGGUGAAUCCAGUUCUGACAGUUGAAAAGAAUCGAUUCAAGAAUAAUUGCAAGAAAUUCUACGGAAACUUCACAACCUGCAACGCUGCUGUAGAAAUGGAUGUACAGAAUACGGAGUCCAUAUUUUUUAGGAACAAUUUGGUGGAAGGAAACCAAGGAGGUCUUCUUAUCAGGUCAGAUUCAAGCAGCUCGGCGACAUCUUUGAAAGGCUACAUACGAAACAACCUAUUCGUGAACAAUACGAAUCUCCCAGCCUUGUACGUAGAAGGAAGGCAAUCUUCCCCAUACCAAGAAGUCACGUUGACCCGAAACUAUUUCACCAGAAAUGUUUCCCCAUACGUGAACAACAUAAUACUGAAGCAGGUUGUUUCGAGCUUCACCCACAACUACGUGAAAAGGAAUAUCGGUUUCAGAAACGUGGAAAUAUCUGGAUUCGAUAGGGUGAGGUUGCCAAUUUUCCAGACAACGUCACACAAUGGUUUUUACAACAACUACGCAAUAUCUUGGGACUCUCGAUCGACUAUUGUAGCAGGAACUGCUGGGCAACAGUAUGUGGACAAUAUUUUUUCCAAUCCUGACAACGAUUAUGAGAUGAUAACUGUAAACCGCUCAUUAUUUGAAUUUAACAGCACUCUGCAACUUUGGAAUACGAAAAUAGACGCCAUUUCGAACUAUUGGGGUGUCAACAACUCGUUGGCAGUAAGCGCCAGGGUCAGGGACCAAAACGAUGACCCACGUUUAUUGGAGGUCAAACAAGUGCCUUAUUUAAUGAACAAUAAGUCCGUCUUGAAUGAUGGAAAAUGCCCACCUGGAUGGAACAUGGUCGGACAAACAUGUUUCAUGUACAUAGGAGCGCCUAUGAGUUUCCACGAGGCCAAAGCCUUCUGCGAGGCUGAUAAUGCAUCAAUGCCCUUCAUUCUGGGAACCGUCCAGUAUUUACCAUUAUACGAGUUCAUAAAGAAACAGAGUCAGUGGCUUCUCUAUUCUGAACGUGUUUGGGUUCAACAUAUCGACAAAAUAAACGAAUGCACAAUGUUCGCGUAUCAAACGGUAGAUGUCGCAGACUGCGACUUGAAGAAUUCAUUCAUAUGCGAAAUUGAUCCCCAAGUGACAAUCAGGAUUAUACCACUCACAGAAGACGUUGUGACUAUGUCUAUAAUGUUUGGUGCAACUCUAAGCAUAUUAAUGCUACUCGUCAUCCUCAUGUUCUGGUGGAUGAAGUCCAAAUUCAGGCAGAAACAAAGGCUGGAGAGAAGGAACAGCAUUCGAACAAGCUUACAUUCUCUCAGGUCUGUCGGGCUUACACCAAACGCUUUCUCAGAUCCUUCGUAUAGAAGGAAAGUUGGUCAAAUGAGUACGAGAUCCACUGAUACCCUAACUAAAGGUUCUGACUACAGAAAAGUAGUAUCCAAUGGUUCAAUAGACAGCAUGGAAAAAUCAGCUUACAACUCUUCUAUAGAAGACACGCAUUCAGUGGAGACAUACGAUAGCCAACAUCCAAACCCGUCAUCAUUCGCCUACAAUCCUGUGAUAGAGCUUCACAAAUCACCUUCAAAAUUCGAAAACCAGUAUGCGAAACCAAACACUUUUGAUUUAGGGUACAAGAAUGACGGUUUUAGAGACAACUCGACUUUUGCUAGUACCUCUAACUUCCAAUCGGCCAAUCAGAGUGUGGAUGAAGGUUCGAUAAACGACGAUGAGACACCCAUAAUGCAGUCACAGAAUGGAAGGGGAAGGUCUUAUCCCCCAAGUGAUUAUUACACGACUGAUACACUUCCUUUAACCGGCCACUAUGACAGCAUUGAUAAUAAGACUGGGACCAAGCAACGUUAUGAUCCUAAAUAUAGCAGAGAUCGGCCGAACAAACAAUUUUUGUAUGAACUGAAGCAGAGGAUACCUCCAGAAGAGUUACCACCACCGCCUGAACCGCCUAAUACUUACGAAGAAAAAAUUGCAGCGUUAGAAUUCAGUCCAGACUAUAAUACAGUAGGUCUGGCUUCGUAUCAAGAUGAUAGACCACCGUCUAGCAAUAUUUUAGAGACUGAUUUUGAUACUAUAUCCUCACCCAGUUUGUCCUCCCAUCCGAGGGCUAAAAGUGAAGUAUUAUUAGAGACAAAUUUCGAUUAUACACCAAUAGGUAGCCCGGUUAUGAAUCAACCAAUUUCAAGUAGAAGCAAGAGCCAACCUUUGGAAACGGCCAUGUGAAUUUACCGUCCAAGAAAAUGAUCAUGUGAUAGAAUAUUUUUAUUGGAAGAUACGUAUUGUUUUGUUAACUCGAAAUAUAUAUUUAUGUGCUCGUAAAGCACUCAGUGAACAUCACACAAAGAUUUUUGAUGCAUUGUGAUAAUAGUUGAAUUGUAUUUGAAGUGAAAUAAUAUUGUGUUCAUACCAGUUAAGCCCGAGUGCUAUUGCCUUGAAUUGAAAAAUAUUCCUUAAAAUGAUGAAUGAACAAAAGUGACCACUUUUUUUAAUAUGCGAACGUUUACAAUACAACGCUGUUAGACCAAAACUCAAUGGAGAGAGCCUUCAAGUUUCAUGACUGCCUCAAUUUUUUUAUUAAAUAUGGAUUAAUUAUUGUUAAGAUUCUGUUGAUGAGAAAUAUUUAUAUUUUUACAAUAAGAUCUCAAUUUGUACAUAUUCUUAGAUCCGUAUUAAAAUUUAGGAGAAAAUAAAUCGAAAUGUUUUUUA